UAUCUCCAUCCUGGUCUACACAAUCCAUGGUGGUUCAGGAACCACCUGAUCACCUUGGACUGGAGUCUGGAUUUCACUGGGAAGAGUAGGUGAUGCAAAACCUUGCAAGGAUAAGGAUCAUGACCCCGAAGCAGUUGGUUCUACCAUAACUAGCGUUGAUCCAACGGGGAGGGGACAGAAAGGAUCUUGACGAGAGGAGAGCGUCCAUCAUUCUGAGAGUGUGAGAGAAAUGGAAGAGGGAGGGACGAAGAAGAAGAUCAUGGUGGCGAUUGACGAGAGCGAGUGCAGCCACCUUGCUCUGCAAUGGGCUCUUGAUAACUUGGGCCACACCAUCGCCGGCUCCGAGCUCAUCGUCUUCUCGGUCCAGCCUUCAUCUGACUACGGCACCGUUUAUGCUGCUUCUUAUGGAGCUGCCCCUCCAGACUUGAUUAGAAUCCUACAAGAAAAUCGCAAGAAGCUUACUUCAGCCCUACUAGAAAAGGCCAAGGAAAUCUGCUCUCAGCAUGGGGUCAAUGCAGAGACGAUGACAGCAGUUGGGGAUCCUAAACAGGAAAUCUGCACGGCAGUUGAUGAACUCAACAUCCAGUUUAUUGUGUUGGGCAGCCAUAGUCGUGGAGCAAUAAAAAGGGCGUUUCUAGGUAGCGUCAGCAAUUAUUGUGUUCAUAAUGCAAAGUGCCCUGUCCUUGUGGUGAAGAAACCAGCUUGACCUAUCAGCAUCAGCCAUUUCCUAUCUGAAGUUGAAAGUCAAGAAGUUCAGCAGAAGCUAGUACUAUAGUUGCAAGCAUCACCAAUUCGUGUCAUUGAUGGGGGGAUGGAAUUUGUCGUUGCUGAGGUUGUUGAAACAGUUCAAUAAACCUCUAGUGCUGUUUCAUUACUUCAUCACAGUGUCAAAUAUCGAUGUCUUCCAAUGUGAUAUAUGUUUAAGGCGUGUAAUAUACUUGCUGAUCAGCCCUCAAACCUUCACGCUUUGUGCAUUCUCCAAUCUUGUACAUACAAUAUUAUUCUAGCUCUUA